CACAGGCGACCAAUAAGCGAGUGGUUCACAAGAGCAUCAGGAAUGUAUCAACACUGAGUCAGCUGACCGCCAGCGUACUAGCAGUAUUAACCUGUGCGCCCCCCUGAGGAGCUUGGCCGCAGGGCCGCUGUCAGGGUUGUGUUGCCGCCAUGCAGGCCUUUCACACCCAGCUGGCGGUGGGCACGUACGCCCUGGUCGCCUGGUUUGGUCUCUACCUGUUGAUCGCAGAAGCAUUGCGCAUGUGGACAAGGACCAGCAGUCUAUCCCCCGCCCACCGCGCCCACAUUGCAGAGAGCUUCGUGUCGGGCGUGCAGGGUGUUGCCUGUGGUAUUGUGGGUGUAAUGACAGUCAUUGCUUGCUGGCAUGAUGUUAUGCGGGACAAAUACCCACUGGCUGUGUACUAUUCGUCAAUUGGAACAGCCUACUUCAUUUAUGAUUUGUGGGCUAUGUUCAGAAGCCACAGUGCCAGAUCUGAAUGUGACUCUCUGGGUGCCUUACUCCUCUCGUACCUGAAGAAGGAUCUACUUAUGAUUGUGCAUCAUCUCACAAUAGUGUGUGUGCUUUUCCCUGCAGUUGUUUACCACUCGCCCAUGGGACACUUCUUCAUGGGAUGCUUCUUCUGUACUGAACUUUCCACCCCCUUUGUCAAUGCUCGUGUUAUUCUUAGUCGCCUGGGAUUGAAAAAUUCUACAAUAUACAUGGUCAAUGGCAUUUUGAUGAUGAUAGUGUUCUCCAUGUGCCGUGUUGCCAUGUUUCCUGUCAUGUAUGCUGUGUAUUUGAGUCAGCAGACAAGAGCACCAUCUCACAUCCAUGCUCUUGCUUCCAUUCCCAUCACCUGCCACCUCUCCUGUCUCCUUGUACUGGCACCACAGAUAUACUGGCUCAACAUGAUGGUAAAGGGAGCAGUGGCAGUCCUAAAAAGUACCCCAUCACAAUUGAGUAAAGAUUAUUGAUGAAAGUUAUGCUAUAGGGAUAAGAUCUAGUCAAUAUACUUUGUGCUGGAAUUCAUUCUUGGUUCAGUUUUAACUAAGACUUUCUGAUAUAAGUGUUUUCAAACUAUUAUUUUUUGUUUUUUCAAUGUUUCAGUUAUACCUGUUGAUUUUUUUCAAAUAACCUAGAUGAUGAGUUAAAUUUCAAUAUUUUUAUGAAUGUUGAUUUAAUCUAUUUAUAUAUUUUUUAUCAAUGUGUAUUGUAGUUUGAAGGAAAGAUAAAGUGAUAUAUUAGUAAGAUUAAGGAAGUCCUUUAAAAUCAUUAGGUAUAAAACACAGCAAUGAUUAUAUAUAUAAAAAGAAAAAAAAUUUAUAAUACGUCAUAUUUCAAUAGUCCUAAUGCCAUAUUUGUUCUUUUGGUCUUAUUCAAGACUCGUGUAACUUUGCAUAGUUAAUUCUUUGGAAAAUCAGAAGUCAAAAACAAUCAAAUGAUUCCAAAAUUACAUUAGCAUUCAGCAGUGAGUAAUGAUAUGUAAUUAUGUUACCAGGCAUAUAUCAAAUAUUUCAGAAGACAAAAUCAUGCGUGCUUGAAUGGUUCAUAAAUACUUAUGUAAUAAACAGAACUAACUGUGUUAUAAACUAAUACACAGAUUACCCAGGUACCAUACACUGUUAUUAAUGUCAUAAAUGGAAUGUAUUUAUAUAUUACAUACAUUUAAUUGUUUGCAUAAAUAUGCACCAUCUUUUACAGUUCACAUAUAACCACACUGUGACACAAUACAGAAGUUUGUUUGGCAGUUUUCAACUUCAUAGGAUAGUUAUAUAAGUGGCUGAAGAUAGUGCCACAAGUGUAUAACAAUAUAUUAUUUGCCACCUAUGCAUUUGUUUCAUAGCUAUGGAUGAUUGUGAUAACAAUGUAUAAAGAAAAAUUGAGCAUAUCAGUCAUUCUCAAAGACCAACUUUUCAAGUGCAAUGUAUACACACAGUGUGGCCAAAUGUACUUAAAUGACAGGUGCCAAUUUAUAAAUUACUCAAGGAAUGCCUUGUAGUUUAGUUAGCGUAGUAUUCACAGCUGGUCUUUCAUAGAAAUUUACUGUUCUGUGUUCAUAGUAAUUAUAAGUUAUCAGACUAUGA